AUGGACCGCAUUUUUACUGCUUGGCUUCUCCUCUCGCAAUUCCUUUACGCUGGCGCAACAAAUUGUGUCGAACAGCCCCUCAACUCCUUGCCUGCGACAAUCACCGCAGCGCCCGACAUAAAGUUUGCUCGAGGGCUCCUUCCACGCCAGCAGCCCGGUCAGUACGCGUGUCAGUGGGUGUCAACCGUUUUUAAACAAUGCUCGGAUAAUGGAUUCUUUAAGGUCGGAGGGAUUUCUGGGCUUCCUUACUGCGCGUGUUACCCACAAACGCAAUACAGCCCUGGUGAAGUAGACGGGUACAUUUCGCAAUGUUACAACUACGCCGGAACGGAUCCCGCAUUUCGAACCGGGUUCGCAACUUUCUUGGGGAUGUGUAGAUCUGCAGGCGACAUCCGCGCGACGCUCAGCGCUGGUUAUACUGCUUGUAGUUAUGCUAGUUCCGUUCAAUCAUACUGCUCGGUACAGGGCUACAACAAAGGCGGGGGACCCUCGCAAUUGGCGCUUUGUGCGUGCUAUAGCUCCAACAAUUAUCGGCCAGAUAUAUUUGACGGGCUAUUUACAAGUUGUUUCAGCUAUGCGCAAACGGCUGAUACCUCAUUAGCAACCGCAAUAUGGUCAAUGGUGGGGUACUGCUCGAGCCAAGGGGACGUAAGGCAGGAAAUGACAGAAGGGAAUGCCAUAUGCUCCGCAGCAUGGAGCGUCGUCCAAUCUUGUUCCCGAUGGAAUCAAUUUAUUACUGGCGACAACGUGGAAAAAGCGAGCUAUUUUUGCUACGAUUCGAAUACAAGGUUCAUUGGUGCCUCAAGAGACAGGAGUGCACAACAAUGUUAUUCAUAUGCUACCGAAUUUUGGCCUGAAAUGGUCUAUUCAGUAUCAAGCCUUCAGUUUCUCUGUUCCCGCAAUGGCGAUGUGAGGGCUUUGUAUCCUGAUGGUUCUUCGGGUGGCGGCGGCGGCGGCGGAGAUAAUGGUGUUCCAGUUCGUAUCCCCCUGAAUUUCAUAUCUCGAUGCAUACAUAUACGUGUCGCCGUCUUAUACGCAGCCAGGAAUGGCUCUCCUAGACCUUGA